AACUAAACGAAUUCUAAACGGUUUUUGCCCUUUCCAUCUGAACGCCUUCGCUGUUUGGACUUGGUAUUUGUUGAUGAUGAAUUCAAUAUUUACUCCACCAGUGUACAUACAACGACACGAAUUUGUCGUCGAUUUUGUCAAGAAGAACAAACCCAAAAAGGUGAUAGACUUGGGAUGCAGUAACUGCACUCUCCUUAGGAAACUGAAGUUUCACAGAGAAAUUGAAGUGCUUGCUGGAGUGGACAUUGACAGUGACGUUAUCAGGAAUAUAAUGUAUGCCCUGGCACCGAUUCCAAGUGACUACUUGCAGCCAGGUGAUCACCCCUUGACCAUUAACCUGUACCAGGGAUCAGUCACUGAUAGGGAUCCCCGCACCAAAGGAUUUGAUCUGGUGACCAGUAUUGAGCUCAUUGAACACCUGCAACUUGAGGAUGUGGAUAUGUUCACUGAGGUUGUGUUUGGCUACAUGGCUCCUGUAGCAGCGAUCAUUAGCACCCCAAAUGCUGAUUUCAACCCACUACUCCCCAGGCUAACAGGAUUCAGACACCCCCAGCACAGAUUUGAGUGGACCAAAGCUGAGUUUCAGACCUGGGCACUGAAAGCGUGCAGAGAGUUUGGUUAUGUGGUGGAGUUUACAGGUGUAGGACAAAUUCAAGGCCAGGAGGAAAGCAUUGGGUUCUGCUCACAGAUUGGAGUGUUUCAGAGAGUCCGGUCGUUAAGUGAUGCAUCAUGCCGUCAAGGUGAUGUCACAGAGGAGCGUCUUCCAUACAGACUGCUAUAUGAUGUGGUCUACCCAAGUCUGUGCGACAAUAACAUCUUCCACAGGACCCUGAUGAACGAGGUCCUUUACUGGGCUGAGACACUUCGGAAAGGACAGAUGGUGACUGCAGGACAGGGGGGUGAACACACUGAACGGUUGGAAGAGAGAAUGGAAAGAGAAGAGAGUCAGACAGGCGGAGAACAGCAGUGCGGGAGAAGGGAAGUGAAUGAAGAGUUGGAGGGACAGACAACAGCCCAGGGUCAUGAGGAGCCCUACAGAGCAGGGCGGUCUGUGUGUAUACCCCUGGCCCGGUUGUGGUCCUGCCCCAGAGUGCAGGCACUGAGUGGUACAGUCCAGCAUCUGAAAGAAGUCCUACUGGAUGACCCCAGAGUAGAGGUGACUGAGGACGACACCGUCAUGGUGUUGGCAGGUGAUGAGGAAGACGACGAUGAGGAUCCAGAGUUGGAUGAGAACAUUAAUAAUGCAGAGACUGAUCAGUCUUUGGACAGUAGUGUGGAGAAUAAGGACUGGGAGAUUGACCUUGGUUAA